UGCAUAUUUUCCGCCCAAUGCAAUAAGUAAGCUACAACCAAUGGACCAAGGAAUAAUAAAUAAUCUUGAAGUGUAUUAUUGAAAACGUAUUUUGAACAAAGUUAUUUCAAAUCUUGAACAGAAAACAACAAUUAUUCUACGAGAUUGUAUUUCGGAGGUAUCGAAAGUUUGAAGUAAUGAUGUAACGUCCGAAACCAUAUAACAAUGUUUCCCCGUGUUUCUGAAUUAAAAAAUGAAAUUAUUGAAACCCAUGUAGAAAUACCAGAUGUACAACGAGAAUGGGAGUUAGUUCACUGCGUUACUUUACAAGAUUAUUUGAAAAUUAAUGAAGAUAUUGCCGUAUAUGAAUCACAUACUAAAGAAAGUAUUGUAGAAGUGGUUACAAAAAAAGAAAAUCCUGAUGAAUUUGAAGAAGACGAAGAGGAACAUACAAAAGAACAAUCCAAAUUCACAGAAGAAGAUAUAUUAAAAGAUUUAUUUGUGGUAAAUCGAUGGACGGAAUGUGACGACGGCUUUGUACGAUAAGGAACAUGGUUGGGAGAACUACCGAGGACAUGCCUUUCUAACGAUUUCGCGGAGGUAUG